GGUCGCUGUUUGUCGGACUUUCUCUGGCGCAUGCGCGGAAGAUUACGGCGUGACACGCGUGUGGAGGAAGUGCAGUGACAGUACUGUAGCAGCUGCAGCCUCUCGCCUCACACAGAACCGGCCAAACUGUACCUUAUUUAUAAUUUCCAUCAUGUCGUGGCUGUUCGGCCUGAACAAGGGGCAGCCUGAGGUGCCUCCCGGCCUCCCGGCUCAGCCUCCACCACCUCCGCCGCCGGCCGGAGGCUCCAGCGGCGGUGGAGAUAAACCCAAGGACAAAUGGAGCAACUUCGAUCCCACCGGGCUGGAGCGGGCUGCUCAGGCGGCCAAGGAGCUCGACAAGUCCCGACAUGCCAAAGAGGCUCUGGAUCUGGCUCGGAUGCAGGAGCAGUCCACUCAGAUGGAGUAUCAGAGCAAAAUGAAGGAGUACGAAGCAGCGGUUGAGCAGCUGAAAGGUGACCAAAUACGAAUCCAGGCAGAGGAGAGGAGGAAAACUCUGAACGAGGAGACCAAGCAGCAUCAAGCGAGGGCUCAGUAUCAAGAUAAGCUGGCCAGACAGCGAUAUGAGGACCAACUACGGCAACAACAAGCCCUGAAUGAGGAGAACCUCCGCAAACAGGAGGAGUCGGUGCAGAAACAGGAGGCCAUGAGGAAAGCAACGAUAGAGCACGAGAUGGAGCUGAGGCACAAGAAUGAGCUCCUGCGCAUAGAGGCCGAGUCCAAAGCAAGAGCCCGCGUGGAGAGAGAGAAUGCCGACAUCAUCCGCGAGCAGAUCCGUCUGAAGGCCGCAGAACACAGACAGACCGUCCUGGAGUCUAUAAAGACUGCAGGUGCUGUGUUUGGAGAAGGAUUCAGGGCCUUUGUGUCAGACUGGGACAAAGUCACAGCCACGGUGGCAGGUCUGACCCUUUUAGCUGUGGGAGUUUAUUCAGCCCGAAAUGCAACCGGGGUGGCGGGACGUUACAUCGAGGCCAGGCUCGGGAAGCCGUCACUGGUGCGGGAAACAUCGCGAUUCACUGUUGGAGAGGCAAUCAAGCAUCCAGUCAAGACGGCCAAACGGCUGAAGAGCAAACCACAGGAUGCUCUCGAGGGAGUUGUACUCAGUCCCUCUCUGGAAGAGCGUGUGCGUGACAUCGCCAUCGCAACAAGGAACACGAGGCAAAACAACGGCCUGUACAGGAACAUCCUCAUGUACGGGCCUCCAGGCACGGGCAAAACUCUGUUUGCCAAGAAGCUGGCAGUGCAUUCUGGGAUGGACUAUGCAAUUAUGACUGGUGGUGACGUUGCCCCAAUGGGCCGUGAUGGUGUGACAGCCAUGCACAAAGUGUUUGACUGGGCAACCACGAGUCGACGCGGACUUCUGUUGUUUGUUGAUGAAGCUGAUGCAUUCCUUCGUAAGAGAUCCACUGAGAAGAUCAGUGAAGACCUCAGAGCUACUUUGAAUGCAUUCUUGUAUCGCACUGGAGAACAGAGCAACAAGUUUAUGCUGGUGUUGGCCAGUAACCAGCCGGAGCAGUUUGACUGGGCCAUAAACGACCGCAUUGAUGAAAUAGUGAAUUUUGCUCUGCCGGGUCCUGAGGAGAGGGAGAGGCUGGUGCGGUUGUACUUUGACAAAUAUGUGCUGGAGCCAGCCACUGGAGGGAGGCAGAGGAUGAAGCUUGCACAGUUCGACUACGGUAAAAAAUGCUCUGAGAUAGCGAAGCGGACAGAGGGCAUGUCUGGAAGAGAGAUCUCUAAGCUGGGUGUGGCCUGGCAGGCGGCAGCAUAUUCCUCUGAAGACGGCGUCCUGACAGAGGCCAUGAUUGACGCCCGAGUUGACGAUGCUGUCAAGCAACACCUCCAGAAGAUGAACUGGCUGCAUGCAGAGGAGGAGGCUCAGACCCUUACACCCCCUCCAGCUGGGGCAACAGCCACUGGAGGAAAAAUGGGUUUUACUCUGCCACUAAGUGAUGCCCCUCAGGCAGAGGACGUGAUCGUUCCCAUCCUUGAGAAACAAGAAGGUGAAAGUAUAGCACCUCCUUUAAAUGCCGACCAAUCCGAAGAAGGCAAAGGUGCCAUCCCAGUUGGACAGGACUGUGAAGACACCGUCAAAGCAGAAGCUACAACAGCAGCAGAGAGUUUAGUUGACCCUGCAGCCUCUACUGACAGUGAGGGCAAGGUGGAUAAAGAAGGCAAAACUGGGUCACCGCCUCCAAAAGACGGAACUCCAGUUUGAGUUGUAGAUUUUUUCAGUGGGGCUGUCCGGAUUAUAAAGAUUAGCAUCCUGCCCAUUUAACUAGCCUGUCAGUUAAUGUCUUAAAGUCUGUUGGACUGUCUACGACAGAAGAUGAAAUCAGUGGUGGGGCACCGAUUAACAAUUCAAAACACGAAUGACGCCUGAGAUGGUUUCAUUCUAAUAUAUAUAAUAUAGAUCGUACAAGUCAACAUGGAAACCAGACUGUGUCUGUAAUAACAGUAUAUAAGUGUUGUGCACAGUGGCGUGUCUGUUGGAAUGAUUAAAUGGAUCAGAUUUUUUAUAAAUGGUAAAA